AACUUCACCAGCAUGUCCAAACUCUUAAGGCACAAAAGGAAACACGAGGAUGACCGGAGGUUCAUGUGCCCUGUGGAAGGCUGUGGGAAAUCUUUCACAAGGGCUGAGCAUCUGAAAGGCCACAGCAUAACCCACCUGGGCACAAAGCCUUUUGUGUGCCCUGUGGAAGGCUGCUGUGCCAGGUUCUCUGCUCGCAGUAGUCUCUACAUUCACUCCAAGAAACACUUACAGGACGUGGACACUUGGAAAAGCCGUUGCCCAGUCUCUACUUGUAAUAAACUCUUCACAUCCAAGCACAGCAUGAAGACCCACAUGACCAAAAGGCACAACCUCGGCCAGGAUCUCUUAGCUCAGCUAGAAGCUGCGAAUUCUCUUACGCCCAGCAGUGAACUUACCAGCCAGGGACAGAGUGAUCUCAGUGAUGCAGAGCUAGUGUCUCUCUUCUCGGAUGUGCCUGGCAGUAGUUCUGCUGCAGUGCUGGACACAGCAUUGGUGAACUCUGGAAUCUUGACUAUUGAUGUGGCUUCUGUGAGUUCAACUCUGGCAGGGAGCCUCCCUGCUAAUAGUAAUAAUUCCUUAGGGCAGGCUGUGGACCCUCGGGCCUUGAUGGCCACCAGUGACCUUCCUCAAAGUCUGGAUACCUCUCUCUUUUUUGGAACGACAGCCUCUGGUUUUCAGCAGAGUCCCUUAGAUAUGGAUGAUGUCCCAAGUCUAAGUGUGGGGCCAUUGGCAUCUCUGGGCUCUUUGGCUAUGAAAAGCUCAAGUCAAGAGCCCCAAGCUUUGACCCCCAGCAGUAAGCUAACAGUGGACACAGAUGCUCUGACUCCUUCAAGCACCCUUUGUGAAAACAGUGUUUCAGAACUACUGCCGCCAACCAAAGCAGAAUGGAAUGUACAUCCUGACUCUGACUUCUUUGGACAGGAGGAAGAAACCCAGUUUGGAUUCUCCAAUCCAGCAGGAAACCAUGGUUCUCAGAAAGAAACAGAUCUUAUCACAGUGACUGGCAGCUCAUUUUUGGUAUGAACUAUUAAUUCCUUGCCACGUGGCUUGUUCUUAUGAAUUACACUCAAUUUUUAGGCUAUUCUGGACUAAAUGUUUAAUU